GGCGGCCCCGCCCGGGAGGCCGUGCGGAGGAGGGGGAGCCAGUACCGGUGUGUCCCCCCGCCCCGGUACCGUUACGGCUCCCGCCUCCCUUCCGGCGGCGGCUCGUUCCCUGCGCCGGGCGCACCGGAGCGCCGAGCCCAGGCAGGCCCUGCUCUCCCUGCGAUGCUCAGCCACCCCCGCGAGGUCCUCGUUCGCCUGCGUUAGGUGCUGAAGCCUGCAAACGCCCGGCGCUGCACGCACCAAGGUGGCCCUGGUCGGCGAGCCCAGAAAGCAGUGGAUGAGCGCUGGGCACUGGCCUAGCCGCACACACACACCGGCACCAUGGAUUUCGUCAUGAAGCAAGCGCUGGGCGGGGCCACCAAGGACAUGGGGAAGAUGCUUGGAGGUGAGGAGGAGAAGGACCCCGACGCGCAGAAGAAGGAGGAGGAGAGGCAGGAGGCCCUGCGCCAGCAGGAGGAGGAGCGGAAAGCCAAGCAUGCCCGCAUGGAAGCAGAGCGGGAGAAAGUCCGGCAGACAAUCCGUGACAAGUACGGGCUGAAGAAGAAGGAGGAGAAGGAGGCAGAGGAAAAAGCCGCACUGGAGCAGCCAUGUGAGGGCAGCCUGACACGCCCCAAAAAGGCGAUCCCAGCAGGCUGCGGGGACGAGGAGGAGGAAGAGGAGGAGAGCAUCCUGGACACCGUGCUCAAGUACCUGCCCGGCCCGCUGCAGGAUAUGUUCAAGAAGUAACAGCACCGCCAACCCUGCCAUGGGGUGCUGGGGCACGGGCGCCCUCUCCCCUUGAACCCUUCCAUCAGUUCCCUUGGCCCCGGGGGUGUCCCUGCACCCCCUCCACAUCCCCUCCUGCCCUGUCCCCUGAUCAGACCAAAAACCCACCCCGUCCCGUCCAGGCAGGGCCCCCCCACCAUGCCAUGCCAAAGGGGAGCGGCCCUGGCUGGACAUGGUGAACCGGGACCAAAUGCACUGAUGUAACCUCGCGGCAGGCUGGGGGCACCCCAGGCCCUACCGGCCCCCCGGGGUGGCUCCCCGUGCCCCCUGCCCUGCCCCUCCUGCCCUCCCAGGGGACCCCGGCAGGCUUCUGCUCGCCUGCCCCCGUCCCCAGCACUGCCAUCCCCCUGCCCCGUCCCGCCCUGGGCGAAGCCCAAAGCACAAAGCCAGGCGCCCUGCCCGCAGCUCCCCCAUCCCCAGUCCCUGGGCACGGGGGUCCCCCGGGGCUGCCCGGUGUGCCCCAGCAUCGGGGGGUUGGAGGGGACCCCCCUCCCCGCAUCUCUGGCCCCAUAGUUAAAGCCAUAUCAGUUAGACUGCAAUACUUCAGCACCGGGAGGAGCGGGCGCCGCGCUCCGCCGACCGUGUACAAAGGCGCGUGCGGGGCAGGGACCCCCUGCCUCGCCCCCCCCCGCCCUGUCCCUGCCGUCCCCACUGCUCACUCGUCCGUGUCUUGGCCCUGCUGGCCCCCCCGUUUUCGCAUUAGUGUCUCUGUGCCAGGGUGCGCCUCGUCGCUCCAUGCGUCCUCGUGUCCGCUGCUCACGCUCCCACUCCCGAGUCCCCGCUGUCCCCAGGGCCACACGCGGCACUGAACUGCGAGCCCUUCGGUGCGCUGCCGGGGCCCCUGCUCUGUCCCCUGCAAUAAAGCCAGCACGGGACCAAGGGCUGCCAGGCCAGUCCCAGGCUGGGAGUGCCCGUCUGCCCCCACCUGACGCUGGACACACGGGUCCCCCACACCUGGGAAGGAAUCUCUGGGCAAGCGUCCAGGGCACGUCCCAGGAGCUGCUGCUUGCACCCUAAGCAGGGGAUGUGGGGGCACGCCCUCACCCCGUCCCAUCCCUUGCUGCACCGUGCUCCCCUCUCCCUGUGCUUCCUCUGCCACAGCCCCCAGCUGCUCACCAGGGCCCUCCCCGGGAGGCGGCGGGCGGCUCGGGGUCCCGCAGUCAUGCUGUGACCAUCCUGCUCGAACUAGUCUUUGACAAACUAAUAAAAUAAAGGGAU